AUGUACCGCAAAAGCGGCCCAGCCUAUCCAUUGACACGCCUGGUAUAUGUAUCGGUUCGGUGGCUGGGGAUUGGUUGCAAAUGCCCAUCUCGGUAUAUACGCGGGGACUGCAAGAGUGACAAUCUUCGCCUGUCGUAUACAGCCUUGUCGACUGUCUUCUCUGGGGAACUGCGGGACUGUGAUAUCCGAAUAAGCAAGGAACCCGAUAAGAACUAUUGGAAGAAUAAGUUUCAAGAACUGGGGUUGCCUAGAACGCACCGUAUCUUCACCAUCGUGGCCUUGAUCUCCGGGCGGGAAGGCGACAUGCUCCGGGUAUUGCUGUGCAGCUGGCGCUUUGAGAAUAACUGUCUGUAUCGUGAGGAUAUUUUUCGCAUGCGCAGCUCGCUUGGAGAGCAGGUUACACGUAACGACUGGUUGAAGAUCAGCUUGGCGAGUCAGGGCGAUGUCAACUGUACGCGGUUUGACCACCUCAAAAACAAGCAGUCUUUUGCCUCUACCUCUUCUCCUCCUCGUCUGUGGCUGACUGGGCCCAUCAGACUUUUCCCCUUCGCCUUGGACCGAGAACACCCAAGUAAUUAA